AUGGGAUCCAAUAAUAAUAAUAGUGAUGAAGAUACAGAAUAUUUAAAAGCAUUAGAAGCUCAAAGGCUUGCUUUUGAAAGUCAAUUUGGAUCAUUAGAAUCGAUGGGAUUUGAAGAUAAGACUAAAGAUAUUACCGUUGGGUCUGAUUCUUCAUCACACAACUCGGAUAGUGAUAUCAAUGAUAACAAUAAUGAUGAUGACGAAGAAGAAGAUUCUGAGAAUGAUGGUGAUAGCGAUUCCGAUAGCGAUAUCGAUGUCGGUAGCCGUGAUAAUGAAACGAAAGUAACUGAAAAAUCUAGUAGCAUGAUCACACGUGGACCAAAAGUGAUUACCUUUAAUGGGCCAGCAGAUGAUUUCAUUGCACCAUCCAAGAAGGAUAAAAAAUUAUUAAGUAGUGGGAAAUCUCUGAUACAUACUAUUAUUAAAGAACAAGAAAGUGAAGAAAGAGAAAUGAAUGAUAAUAAGAAUGAUAAUGAAAAUCUUGAAGAAGAGAACUUACAGAAUGAUAUUGAGUUACAACAAUUUUUGAAGGAAUCUCAUCUCUUAAGUGCUUUCAAUAAUAAUAAUUCGACUUCUUCUUCAAUUACAAGUGGUGUCGCAUUAACUUUACAAGGUAUGAAUGGGAGUAAAAGUGAUUCCAUUGCGUAUCAAGAUGAUCAAGUGAUGGGGAAGGCUAGAGCACGUACUUUGGAAAUGCGGUUGAAUGGAUUAUCGAAGAUAAAUGGACAUUCCAAAAAUAUUGAUAAAUUAGAAAAAGUACCGAUGCAUGUUAGGAAAGGUAUGAUUAAGAAACAUGUAGAGAGGAUUCAAAGAUAUGAAAAAGACGCUGCAGAAGGUGGUAUUGUUCUUUCGAAAGUUAAAAAGGGGCAAUUUAGAAAGAUUGAAUCCACAUAUAAAAAAGAUAUCGAAAGGCGUAUUGGUCAGAGUAUUAAAAGGAAAGAUAUUGAAAGAAAUACUAGAAGAGAACGUGGCCUUAAGAUUAAUACGAUCGGUAGGUCUACGAGGAACGGGUUGGUGGUCUCGAAAAGUAGACAUUGA